ACAAGCACGACCACUUCAAUAAGCACUUCCACAUCAACAAGCACGACCACGUCAACAAGCACUUCCACAUCAACAAGCUCUUCCACAUCAACAAGCACGACCACGUCAACAACCAAAUCCACAUCAACAAGCACGACCACAUCAACUAACACGACCACGUCAACAAGCACGACCACGUCAACAAGCACUUCCAUAUCAACAAGCACUUCCACAUCAACAAGUACUUCCACAUCAACGAGCACGACCACAUCAAAAAGCACAACCACAUCAACAAGCACGACCACUUCAACAAGCACGACCACGUCAACAAGCACUUCCACUUAAACAAGCACUUCCACAUCAACAAGCAGGACCACGUCAACAAGCACUUCUACAUCAACAAGCACGACCACUUCAACAAGCACACCCAGAUCAACAAGCACUUCCACAUCAACAAGCACUACCACAUCAACAAGCACGACCACAUCAACAAGCACGACCACGUCAACCACAACCACAUCAACAAGCACGACCACAUCAACAAGCACUUCAACAUCAACAAGCACUUCCAUAUCAACAAGCACUUCCACAUCAACAAGCAUUUCCACAUCAACAAGAACUUCCACAUCAACAAGCACUUCCACAACAACAAGUACGACCACAUCAACAAACACUUCCACAUCAACAAGCACUUCCACAUCAAUAAGCACGACCACAUCAACAAGCACGACCACAUCAACAAGCACGACCGCAUCAACAAGCACGACCACAUCAACAAGCACGACCACAUCAACCAGCACGACCACGUCAACAAGCACUUCCACAUCAACAAGCACGACCACGUCAACAAGCACUUGCGCAUCAACAAGUACUACCACGUCAACAACCACUUCCACAUCAACAAGCACGACCAUUUCAACAAGCACUUACACAUCAAGAAGCAGGAACACUUCAACAAGUACGACCACGUCAACAAGCACUUCCACUUAAACGAGCACUUCAACAUCAACAAGCACGACCACGUCAACAAGCACUUCAACAUCAACAAGCCCGACCACUUCAACAAGCACUUCCACAUCAACAAGCACGACCACUUCAACAAGCACUUCCACAUCAACCAGAACGACCACUUCAACAAGCACUUCCACAUCAACAAGCACUUCCACAUCAACAAGCACGACCACGUCAACAACCAAUUCCACAUCAACAAGCACGACCACAUCAACUAGCACGACAACGUCAACAAGCACGACCACGUCAACAAGCACUUCCAUAUCAACAAGCACUUCCACAUCAACAAGUACUUCCACAUCAACGAGCACGACCACAUCAAAAAGCACGACCAUAUCAACAAGCACGACCACUUCAACAAGCACGACCACGUCAACAAGCACUUCCAAUUAAACAAGCACUUCCACAUCUACAAGCAGGACCACGUCAACAAGCACUUCUACAUCAACAAGCACGACAACUUCAACAAGCACUUCCACAUCAACAAGCACGACCACGUCAACAAGCAAUUCCACAUCAACAAGCACGACCACAUCAACUAGCACGACCAUGUCAACAAGCACGACCACGUCAACAAGCACUUCCAUAACAACAAGCACUACCACAUCAACAAGCACGACCACAUCAUCAAGCACGACCACGUCAACAAGCACGACCAUAUCAACAAGCACGACCACAUCAACAAGCACUUCUACAUCAACAAGCACUUCCACAUCAACAAGCACUUCAACAUCAACAAGCACUUCCACAUCAACAAGCACUUCCACAUCAACAAGAACUUCCACAUCAACAAGCACUUCCACAUCAACAAGUACGACCAUAUCAACAAACACUUCCACAACAACAAGCACUUCCACAUCAAUAAACACGACCACAUCAACAAGCAUGACCACAUCAACAAGAACGACCGCAUCAACAAGCACGACCACAUCAACAAGCACGACCACAUCAACCAGCACGACCACGUCAACAAGCACUUCCACUUCAACAAGCACGACCACGUCAACAAGCACUUGAACAUCAACAAGUACUACCACGUCAACAAGCACUUCCACAUCAACAAGCACGACCAUUUCAACAAGCACUUACACAUCAACAAGCACGAACACUUCAACAACACUACCACAUGAACAAGCACUUCCACACAUCAACAAUCACAACCACAACAACAAGCACGAAAACGUCAACAAGCACGACCACGUCAAAGAGCACGACCACAUUAACAAGCACGACCACAUCAACAACACGACCACAUCAACCAAGCACACCAGUCAACAAGCACGACCACUCAACAAGCACGACCACGUCAACAAGCAACUUCACAUCAACAAGACGACCACGUCAACAACACUUCCACAUCAACAAUCAACAAGCACGACCACGUCAACAAGCACUUCCACAUCAACAAGCACGACCACGUCAACAAGCACUUCCACAUCAACAAGCACGACCACGUCAACAAGCACUUCCACAUCAACAAGCACGACCACGUCAACAAGCACUUCCACAUCAACAAGCACGACCACGUCAACAAGCACUUCCACAUCAACAAGCACGACCACGUCAACAAGCACUUCCACAUCAACAAGCACGACCACGUCAACAAGCACUUCCACAUCAACAAGCACGACCACGUCAACAAGCACUUCCACAUCAACAAGCACGACCACGUCAACAAGCACUUCCACAUCAACAAGCACGACCACGUCAACAAGCACUUCCACAUCAACAAGCACGACCACGUCAACAAGCACUUCCACAUCAACAAGCACGACCACGUCAACAAGCACUUCCACAUCAACAAGCACGACCACGUCAACAAGCACUUCCACAUCAACAAGCACGACCACGUCAACAAGCACUUCCACAUCAACAAGCACGACCACGUCAACAAGCACUUCCACAUCAACAAGCACGACCACGUCAACAAGCACUUCCACAUCAACAAGCACGACCACGUCAACAAGCACUUCCACAUCAACAACAAGCACGACCACGUCAACAAGCACUUCCACAUCAACAAGCACGACCACGUCAACAAGCACUUCCACAUCAACAAGCACGACCACGUCAACAAGCACUUCCACAUCAACAAGCACGACCACGUCAACAAGCACUUCCACAUCAACAAGCACGACCACGUCAACAAGCACUUCCACAUCAACAAGCACGACCACGUCAACAAGCACUUCCACAUCAACAAGCACGACCACGUCAACAAGCACUUCCACAUCAACAAGCACGACCACGUCAACAAGCACUUCCACAUCAACAAGCACGACCACGUCAACAAGCACUUCCACAUCAACAAGCACGACCACGUCAACAAGCACUUCCACAUCAACAAGCACGACCACGUCAACAAGCACUUCCACAUCAACAAGCACGACCACGUCAACAAGCACUUCCACAUCAACAAGCACGACCACGUCAACAAGCACUUCCACAUCAACAAGCACGACCACGUCAACAAGCACUUCCACAUCAACAAGCACGACCACGUCAACAAGCACUUCCACAUCAACAAGCACGACCACGUCAACAAGCACUUCCACAUCAACAAGCACGACCACGUCAACAAGCACUUCCACAUCAACAAGCACGACCACGUCAACAAGCACUUCCACAUCAACAAGCACGACCACGUCAACAAGCACUUCCACAUCAACAAGCACGACCACGUCAACAAGCACUUCCACAUCAACAAGCACGACCACGUCAACAAGCACUUCCACAUCAACAAGCACGACCACGUCAACAAGCACUUCCACAUCAACAAGCACGACCACGUCAACAAGCACUUCCACAUCAACAAGCACGACCACGUCAACAAGCACUUCCACAUCAACAAGCACGACCACGUCAACAAGCACUUCCACAUCAACAAGCACGACCACGUCAACAAGCACUUCCACAUCAACAAGCACGACCACGUCAACAAGCACUUCCACAUCAACAAGCACGACCACGUCAACAAGCACUUCCACAUCAACAAGCACGACCACGUCAACAAGCACUUCCACAUCAACAAGCACGACCACGUCAACAAGCACUUCCACAUCAACAAGCACGACCACGUCAACAAGCACUUCCACAUCAACAAGCACGACCACGUCAACAAGCACUUCCACAUCAACAAGCACGACCACGUCAACAAGCACUUCCACCUCAACCGAGUGCCAGACCAGUAGGCUUAGCAACCUCUAA